GCGACUACGCACAGUGUCGUAUAACGCAUGCGACAGCGCCGUGUUGGGUUUGAAUGCGCGCGUUUCUCGUUUUCUCGACUUAAAGCGGAGCUGCGCUCGUUUUAGUCUCUCGGUCAGCCGCACAAUGAACAGUCGCCUGCAGGAGAUCCGGGAGAGGCAGAAGCUGCGGCGGCAGCUGCUCGCUCAGCAGCUCGGGGCUGAAAGUGCAGAUGCGAUCGGCGCUGUUCUCAACAGCAAAGAGGAGCAGAAAGAGAUCGAGGAGACCAGAGAGACCUGCAGAGCAUCGUUUGACACGACAACUCCCAGUUCAAAAAGAAAAUGCCAGAAUGAAGGCGAAGACACCGAGGAGGAUCUGGAGGAACACCGAGAGGAUGUGGAGCCUCAGCAGCAGGAGGAGAGUGGCCCGUAUGAAGAGGUCUACAAGGACUCCAGCACUUUCCUAAAGGGCACACAGAGUCUCAACCCUCAUAAUGACUACUGCCAGCAUUUUGUGGACACUGGCCAUCGGCCACAGAACUUCAUCAGAGACGUGGGCUUGGCUGACAGGUUCGAGGAGUAUCCCAAACUGCGAGAGCUCAUCCGGCUCAAAGACGAGCUCAUCUCUGCUACCAACACGCCGCCAAUGUAUCUACAGGCUGAUCUAGAUACGUUUGAUCUGAGGGAUUUGAAGUGCAAGUUUGACGUGAUCCUGCUGGAGCCUCCGUUAGAAGAGUACUACAGAGAGUCCGGCAUCAUCGCCAGUGAACGCUUCUGGACCUGGGACGACAUUAUGAAGCUGGAAAUUGAUGAGAUCUCAGCUCUGCGCUCUUUCGUCUUCCUUUGGUGCGGCUCAGGAGAGGGGCUGGAUCUUGGCAGGAUGUGUUUAAGGAAGUGGGGUUUUAGGAGAUGUGAAGAUAUCUGCUGGAUCAAAACCAACAAGAACAACCCUGGCAAGACCAAAACACUGGACCCCAAAGCAGUUUUCCAGAGGACCAAGGAGCACUGUCUGAUGGGCAUUAAGGGGACAGUUCGGCGCAGCACUGAUGGUGACUUUAUCCAUGCUAAUGUGGACAUUGACCUGAUCAUCACAGAGGAGCCGGAGAUGGGAAACAUAGAGAAACCUGUGGAAAUCUUCCACAUCAUAGAACACUUCUGCCUGGGCCGCCGCCGCCUGCACCUGUUUGGCCGAGACAGCACCAUCCGCCCAGGCUGGCUGACCGUGGGUCCCACGCUGACCAACAGUAACUUCAACGCUGAAGCUUACUCUGCCCACUUCGCCACCUCUCACCUGUCCGGCUGCACCGAGGACAUCGAGAGGCUCCGCCCCAAGUCCCCGCCCCCUAAAGUCAAACCGGAAGGGGGAAGGGGAGCACCGCGAGGAGGCCGAGGCGGGGCGGUGGUGGGGAGGGGUGAUCGAGGUCGGGAGAGAAAUCGCCCCAACUUCCGCGGAGACCGGGGUGGCUUCAGGGGCCGUGGAGGGCCCCAUCGGGGGUUUCCUCCAAGAUAAUUCGUACGCCUUUGCUUUGAAAAUCAUACCGACAUCACUAAUAUUACACAGUGAGAUUAUUUUUAUACUUGAUUAGCAAGUUGUAAAUCAGUGGUUCCUAAUGCUGAGCUUGCUAUUUCAGCAUCUGCCCAUCGGCUUCUGUUAUAAGUGUGUUCAGAGCCAGUAGGUGUUCAGGUCUUUUUCUAAGGAAGUCAUAUUCUUCAAAAUUAGUGUCAUGGUAACUGACAGUAUCCUGAAGAUAUAGCAGAUAGAGAUUUGAUUGUAAAAGUUUGGAGUAUUCAUUUAAGCCAGAUGUCAGGUAGCAGACGAGUUCAGGAAUAUCUUUGGUUUAAGGAAUAUUUUUUUGGGAAUUAAAUUACACCUGAAUAUACGACUAAUCAGCUAGUGAUGUGUUAUAAAAAAAGGAAAACUGAGAAGCUUCUGACCUUCAAAUGGGAAAAUCCAUUUAAAUGUCCAUCCAACUUGUAAUUCCAAUGGAAGAUGGAUGGAAAAAGCUUCUCAAGAGCUCUUACGUUUAUAGUUUGCUAUAAUGUGAUGUUUUUGAACAUGAGGUAUCAAUAGAUCAAGAAGCGAUGGAGUGUUUUUAAGCUUUUUAAACAGACUUGGGUUUCGGUUCUUUUUGAUCUUAUUGUCACGGUCAGAACAACUUGGAUCUCCGUUUUUUUUAGUUAAAUUCCAGCUACACUUAAUGUAAAAAUGUGAUAAAUUAACCCCAGAAAUGCGUGAAGUUGUGUGAAGGCUUUUCCCAUCUCCUAUUUGUCACAAAUGCAACAUAAGCCCUCCUAAAGCUGAAGCGGAUGUUUUAGAGCAGCAGGACUCCAGGAUCAGCAUUGGGAACCACUGGUUUAACUGCAUCUUGAAACUGGGUUCAUGUAUUGACAAUAGGAAAGACUGCAAUACCUGCUUAAAGGAAUUGUUCAGUCAUAAAUGCUAAGAUGGCUAACAAUGAAUGAAAGCGGAUGGCCAGUAAAUACUGUUAUGUGAAUUAUAUCAUGUUUACUGGUAACCACGAGCUUCUGUUGGAUGUUAGCCACAUUAGAAUGCACACUAGAAUAGAACGUUUUUUUAUCUGUUUGGGUUGUAUGAGAAUGUCAGGUGGGUGGUGUAUUAGAGCUCGAGCCGGUUGUUGAGAUGCCAUUUUCUGUAUUGAAUUUUUGUUGUUUUGUAAUAAUAACUUUUUCAGUUGUUGGA